AUGGAGGCCCCGCUGAUGUUUAUGCCUUUCGAGGGGGGCGACUUCGAGGCCCCCGGGACCAUCUCCGUGCGCGGGCAGGAGGUCUACGUGAGCUACGCGGGGGACGGGGGCCAGCGGCGGGCGAGCCCCGUGGCGCCCUCGCAGCUCUGCCUCGCCACCGUGAAGGUGGCGCCUGGCCAGGGCGAGGAGGAGGAGUUCCCCGCAGGCACUGCUGUGGAAUACGAAAGCGCCUCCGCAGGCCGCUGGAUCGGGGCAAAGGUCCUCUUCCGCCGCCCGUCGGGGCUCUACGACCUGGACGUGAAGCCCAUGGUCGCGCCUUGCAGCAUCCGCCGGCCGCGGGCGAAGCCCUCGCGCCACAGGCGCAGGUCGAAGGGCGAGGAGUGGGGCCUCUCGUCGCCGAACCCGAAGCCCGCAGAGGGGCGCCAGCGCAGGGGCCGGCGGGGCAGCACGGAGGGGCGGUCUGGCGCGGAGGAGCUGCGCACGCCGCGCACGCCCGCCCGCGCAUGGGCGGAGAAGGCGGUGCUGGAGGAGGGCGACCCCCCGCGGAAGAGCCCCCUAGACGUCGGAGCCGCCCUGGUGGGUGCCCAUGUGGAGUACAGGAGCGCCUCAAAUGGCGGCUGGGUCCCAGCGAAGGUCCUCUCGUUCCACAGCGCGUCCGGCCUGUACGACCUGGACUGCCGAGGGCAGGUGCACGCCAGCAGCCUGAGAGUGCCUGGCGGCGCAGCAGCCGCCGAGAGCGCCAAGGAAAACAGCAGCGCGGGCGGCAACGGGGACCUCCCGGCGAGCGCGGUCCUGGGGCACAGCAUCUUCCCCGUCGGCUCUAGCGUGGAGUAUCUCAGCGUGAGCCUCGGGUGCUGGGUCCACGGCAAGGUCCUGCAGUUCCACGCGCAGGGUUGCUUGUACGACUUGGAUUGCAAAGCCCAGGUGCCGGCCGACCGGCUGCGCUGGCCCGCUGCCCCGCGGACACCGGCCCCAGAGGAGCCCUCCCCGGGGGCCCUCGGGCUCGGUGGCCAGGAGAGCGGCGUGUUUCCAAUUGGCGCCGCGGUGGAGUACCAGAGUACUUCCACGGGCUGUUGGAUCCCAGCCAAGGUGCUGGGCUUUCACGCUCCCUCUGGGCUGUACGACCUGGACUGCAGACCCCAGGCGGCGCCUUCCAGGAUCCGGUGGCCCGCCAGCGACGCUUGCUCGGCUCCGCACGGGUCGCCUCGCGCGGUGCUGUUCUACGGACAGGACGAUGUUCCGGCGUAG